GUAGACAGACUAUUGUACAGUUGCAAACACUACUCAAAGCCUUCCCAAAGCUACUCAAGUAGGGCACAUGUUCCACAAUGGCACACUGUAGAAGAUACUAGUUGUUCGUCAGGGUGGCACUGGCACACCAUGCAUGUACAUUGUACAAUUGCACAUAAACUAAGUAAUGGACCUUUGGAACCAAGAGUUUUAGGGACUGUGGUAUAGGCUAUAGAUAUGAAACCUUGGUUAGGACAUGUGGCUGCAUGUGGGAUUAGCAGCUCCUUGUUGUUUCUUGCUUCUUAUUGAACUUAUGAAUAGAGUAAUAUUUUCAGGUAUUGGAAAAUCUACUCGAGAACUCCAUCCCUUACCUGAAAUACAGCUACAAAAAAUACAGAGUUGUUCGCAAGAGAAAGCACGAGAAAGGGUCGUCAGAAGGAAAGGCAGUCCAGCUGGCUUAUAGAGUAGAGUAUAUGAAACCAUCUUAUAGUGCAAGCACUGGGGAGGAAUUAGAAGAUGGUUUAUUUGAUGAUUUUCUGGAGUUGGCCUUGCAAUUUGGAAUGAUCAUGAUGUUUGCAUGUGCAUUUCCUCUUGAUUUUGCUUUUGCUGUUUUGAAUAACAUUACGGAGAUUAGAACAGAUGCACUUAAGUUGCUUGUUAUGUUACGGAGGCCUAUUCCUCGUGCUGCCGCAACAAUUGGUGCCUGGCUGAACAUAUUUCAACUCAGUCUGUAUUUGGGUCAAGUAAACAGGAUUAUCGCUUGUCGCUCCGGUACAUUGUGCAGGAAUGUGUAUGCAGAAGGCUACUUCGCUGCAUGGUAUGAUUGGGAAUUUGGGAUAGGAUAA